GGCAGGGGGCUCCGGGUCCGUCCCGCGACUGCGCAAGCGCGAGUGCUGUCUCCGCUGCUCAGGGGUGGGGGGCGUGGCGUCGUGACGUCUGCGCGCCCCAUUCGGAGGGCCGCGGCCUGAGGUGGCCGGGCGGCCGGGGGCGCUCGCGCGGGGGGGGGCGUGACCAGGUCUAUACCUCCUCAACUCCUGCGUUCUUCAUUCCCAGGGCACAGAGCACAUGGAAACUCUUGUCUCUUCCUGGCUAAUCAGAAGCAGUGCAGCCCUGGCCCUGGGACACUGCUGUGUGACUGGAGAGGGGCCGUGCUUCCGUGUGCUUCGUGCUCCAGGAGUGAAUACAGCCAGAGCUAUGUCUGAUGGUAAAGGCAGCAGAGGCUGUGGAAAGGAAUUUUACCUACACAAUGACAUGGACUGUAGUAGAUUUUUCUCUUUUUCGCUUGUAGGUGUUCUAGGGCUUUGGCCUCUUCUUGGUUGGUGCCUUGCCCCCUAGCGAUGACAGGUUGAGAUUGGGUUUUGGUGCCACCUAGAUGGUUUGGAUGCUGCUCCUACUCUCCUGCGACGUCUUUGAUGUUUGUUGUUGGGGGAGGCAGUUCCCUGUAGGUGGCCCUGAAACAAAGGGGUCUUGACCCUGGUCAUUGUUUGUGGGGCUCCAACCUCCCCUUUACCCCAACGUUACCACGUCCACAGCCUGAGCAAACACUAGUGACUCACUGCAGGUCUUCCCCUGGAUGAUCUCGCCUCAUCCAUGCUGCCCACCUCAAAAUGGGUCAGGUCUUCCCGGCCAGCAAUCUUUCCCGUGUCGGUCCCAUGUCGGUCCCUCGUCUCUGGGCCGGCUCUCGGGCAACUAAACCUGCCCCAACUGGAGUUAAUUGUAACUACAGAAAACUUAACUGAAAGUGUCCGGCGUCUGCUGAUGUCCCCCUGGGAUUCCAUCUCCCUAGAUCCACUUGGUCACUCGGGGGUGGGGGGGAGAGGGAAAACUCGUCUGUCCCUUCUUUCCUAGUAGGUGUAGGGACAGGCAGCCACCCUGUGCCCAGACUCUAUCAGCUUUCCCAGUGUGACCUCCCUGGGGCCCAGCUGACCUGUAGCUGAUUUUUUCUGGUCCUACCAGUUGGUGGUGCUUGUCACUCCCAUGCAGGGCUUUGUAGCUUUCUGCACCUCCAUUCUUGCCAUGUUGCCCGAGAAUGCCAACAGUAUCUUGCUGCUACUCCCUGCCGCAGUACCUGUGCUCCCCGAUGUGGCUGCAGCUCUGCUCCCAGGUGUCCCGGGGAACUGCUUUCUCCCGGUGGAGCUCCCUGGCAUUUCUCCUUUCUCGGGGCCUGUGCUCCUCGUUCCGUCUGCCAGUCCUGCAGCAAGUGCUCGGCCUCUUUUCCCUGCACUCGGGGCUGGUGCUCCUCAGUUCCGUAGCCGGCGUCUCCCAGCCAGCAUUCUGCUGUCCUCUGCCUGGCCCCCCAGCUGCAUCUCCAGCUGCUUUUUGAGCAGACCAUCCCCUCUGGAGCCACGUCCCCGGAGCUGCCUGAGCCUGUGAAUCUGCAAGCUCCAGAACUGCCGAGCCUGCGUCAGCGUCUCUUCCCAGCUGCUGUUCAUCUUGACCCUUGCGAUGAAACUGAAAUAAAUGAAGGUCAUUAUUUUGAAUCUUGUGCUGAGCAGAACUUCUUUGCUUAGCUAGCCUACGAGCCUUGGUUGAAGGCUCGGUUGGAAAGACGGCAAGAUGAGUAGUCGACGAAAACGUUCGCUGCCCUCCAGGGUAGAUGAGGAGAAAAAGAAGCAGCUCUGCUGGAAUAUGCAUGAAGAUCGAAGGAAUGAGGUGAUGACUGAUGACACGAAUGAAGAUGACUCUGUUCCAGCUCCCAGCACGUCUUCUUCAUCCUUCAUUGUUAUAAAUGAUGAUAGCAUUGAUGAAGAACUGACUCCCAGCGAAAACAGUGGUUCAAAGUUGGUGAGCUUCUCGACUAUUACAGAUGGAGAAGAUUUCUGCUCCAACUUUACCCCUUUAUCCAUACAGCUCAAUAUUAUGGUCUCACCUUAUUGUGCAGACAGUUCCUGGAAAGCUUUACUUGGAGAGUUUGCUCUUGAGCUGCUUCCUGAACACAUUUUGAUUGAUAAGAUCCAUGAAAGGAGUUUCUCUUUGAUUAGAACAGAUUCUGGUGGUCAGCUGAAGAUCUGUGUUGAUGCAAAAAAUGGAGAAGAUGACAGUGAUAAAGAUAAAGAAGACCUGAAUGAUUAUGAACAAGCCAUUCUGGUGGAAUCAUCUUUAAGUAGUGAAAUAUUAGAAGGUUUGAGGUGGUUGCAAAAGAAGAGGGUAAUUGGACUUUAUCAAAGGCCUGAGGAGGAUCAGGCUUUAAAGGUUGGUAUUUACCUUCUGGAAACUGGUUUAAGCAAACUAGAGUUUCUCAGUGAUGCAGGUGGAAGACCAAAAAAAGCUAACCACCUGAUUCAGAAACUGAUGGAAGAGUUCUACAGUUUUAGAAUUCCAGAUGUGCUGGAGGAAGAUGAGGAAGAAUCUGAUAGAGAACUAGAGCGACAGAAUAUUGAAGAGCUGUAUGACUUUGUGAGGCAUACACAUCAGCAGGAAAGUCAGUUGUUGAGGGAGGAUGUACAGCACCCUGCACUUAUUCCCAUAUUGAGGCCAUACCAAAGUGAGGCUGUGAACUGGAUGCUGCAACGGGAGAAUUUCAGAAGCACCUCUACCAAUGAAAAUACUCUUCACUUUUUAUGGCGAGAGGUCAUCACUCUAGAUGGAGUGAAAAUCUACUAUAAUCCAUUUAUUGGCUGCAUUAUCCGUGAAUAUCCAGUUGCUGGGCCUCAGUGGCCUGGAGGAAUUCUGGCUGAUGAAAUGGGUCUUGGGAAGACAGUAGAAGUACUGGCUCUUAUUCUGACACACACACGACAAGAUAUUAAACAGGAUGCUCUAACCUUACCUGAGGGUAAACUAGUGAACUUCUUUGUUCCACCCCAACCUAAUGAAGGAAGCAAAAAGAAAAGAGCAAAGAAAAUAGAGCUUAAAUUGAAGGAAAAAAUACAGUAUCCCAGUUUACGAGUGAUGAUAUUAACAGCUGUGAAAGAAAUGAAUGUGAAGAAGGGAGCUUCCAUCAUUGCAAUAUUUAAGUAUAUUAGUGCCAUAUACAAGUAUGACAUACAGAGAAAUCGAAGGCUUCUUAAAAGGACUUUGGAGAAACUAAUUGCAGACCAAGUAGUAGAACAGGUCAAAGGCCAUGGAUUGGCUGGAUCUUUUAAGUUAGGGAAGAAUUACAAGGAACAGAAAAGGCGAGAAAAAAACAAAGAGCAGGUAACAAAGAGUUCUGAAAGGAUUCAGAAGAAAUGUUUGCCUGAUGCUAAAACUCAAACCAAAGAUUUGGCAAGUAGGAAAGCAGCCACUGAAAAUGUCCUUAAAUCACCACAGUUUGGGAACAUCACUCCAGAGGAGCAUGACUAUUGUACAACUACCAGAAAUAAUAGAAAGUCUGAGACGGGUCAUAAAACCUGCAUCAAAGAACAAAAUUCUCCAAAAGUUAUAGACCUAGAGUCUGACUUGCGAGGAAACCUCCUUGUGUCCAGUGACACCACCAAUUCUACUGUUAUUAGUAUGCCUAAAAAAUCAGACGAUGAUGAAGUCCAGCAAGAUUUCUCGGAGGGCCAGUGCUCAGGCUCCCAAGACCAAGUCAGCAGUGGUGUACAGCAUGCCAGUUCUGUAUAUCCAUUCAAUACUUCUGACUACCGUUUUGAAUGCAUUUGUGGUGAACUUGGGUUGGUUGAUUAUAAGGCCCGUGUGCAGUGCCUGAAGUGCCACCUGUGGCAACAUGCUGAGUGUGUAAACUACAAAGAAGAAAACUUGAAGUUCAAGCCUUUUUACUGUCCUCAUUGCUUAGUAGCAAUGAAACCAGUUUCCACAGGAGCAACUCUGAUAAUCUCUCCAAGUUCUAUCUGUCAUCAGUGGGUGGAUGAGAUCAACAGGCAUGUGAGAUCAUCUUCCCUUCGAGUCCUGGUAUAUCAAGGUGUGAAGAAACACGGAUUCUUGCAGCCUCAUAUGUUGGCAGAACAGGAAAUAGUCAUCACCACAUAUGAUGUCCUACGCACUGAACUUAACUAUGUGGACAUCCCUCACAGCAACAGUGAAGAUGGACGCCGUUUCAGGAACCAGAAGAGGUAUAUGGCCAUCCCAAGCCCCUUAGUAGCGGUGGAGUGGUGGAGGAUAUGCCUAGAUGAAGCACAGAUGGUUGAAUGCACUACAGCAAAGGCUGCUGAAAUGGCACUUCGUUUGAGUGGAAUCAACCGCUGGUGUGUCAGCGGCACUCCUGUGCAACGAGGAUUAGAAGAUCUAUAUGGGUUAGUUCUUUUUCUUGGAGUUGAUCCUUACUGGGUCAAACAUUGGUGGGAUCAGCUUUUGUAUCGACCUUACUGUAGGAAAAAUCCUCAGCCUCUCUACAGCCUCGUUGCCAAGAUAAUGUGGAGGUCAGCAAAGAAGGACGUGAUUGACCAAAUUCAAAUACCCCCUCAGACAGAGAAUGUUCACUGGCUUCACUUUUCUCCUGUGGAGAGACACUUCUAUCAUCGCCAGCAUGAGGUGUGCUGCCAGGAUGCGUUGGUAAAACUCCGCAAAAUUUCUGAUUGGACUCUUAAGCUUAGCAGUUUGGAUAGAAGGACAGUCACUUCCAUUUUGUACCCUUUGUUGCGGCUGAGACAGGCUUGCUGUCAUCCACAGGCUGUCCGUGGGGAAUUCUUGCCAUUACAGAAAAGCACUAUGACCAUGGAGGAACUACUAACAUCGCUGCAGAAGAAAUGUCGAACAGAGUGCGAGGAAGCGCAUCGACAACUAGUGUGUGCCCUUAAUGGCUUAGCCGGUAUCCAUAUCAUUAAAGGUGAAUAUGCGUUGGCUGCAGAGCUGUACAGAGAGGUGUUGCGUUCUUCUGAAGAGCACAAAGAAAAGCUCAAAACAGAUUCCUUACAAAGACUACAUUCAACACACAACCUCAUGGAACUGCUGGUCGCGAAACAUCCAGGGAUACCACCAACCUUGCGAGAUAGCAGGCUUGAAGAAGAGGCUAAACAACUUAGACAACAUUAUAUGAGUAAAUCCAAUGCAGAAGUUGCAGAAGCUCAUCAGGCAUUGCAGCCAGUUCUGCAGACCAUUCGGGAGCUCCAGAGAAAGAUACAUUCUGGUUCGCCUUGGUGGUUGGAUGCAAUCCAGACAGCAAUACAAUAUGCCAUUGAUGAGGAGCUUGUUCAGCGUGUGCAAAAUGAGAUAACCAGCAACUACAAACAGCAAACGAAUAAACUCUCCAUGGCAGACAAGUUCCGUGAUUGUAGAGGCCUUCAGUACCUGCUCACAUCUCAGCUAGAAGAAGUGAAGAAGUUCCAGAAGCUUGUAAGAGAAGCUGUCAAAAACCUAGAAGGCCCCCCUUCAAAGGAAGUUAUUGAGGCUGCCACUAUCUGCCAUUUGCGGCCUGUUAGACUUCCUCUCAACAACUGUGUCUUCUGUAAGGCUGAUGAGUUGUUCACAGACUAUGAGUCAAAGCUGUUCUCUCAUACUGUGAAAGGACAGAUGGCUAUUUUUGAGGAGAUGAUAGAAGAUGAAGAAGGGCUUGUUGAUGAUCGUUUACCCACUACAAGCCGAGGACUUUGGGCAGCAAGUGAGACAGAGCGUGCCUUGAAAGCCAUACUCUCUUUUGCCAAAGCUCACCGUCUGGAUGCUAAACUAACUGAAGAGGGCAACACAUUUCUGGAGCUCUUUGAAGCAUGGAAGAAGGAAUACAAGUUACUUCAUGAAUAUUGGAUGGUACUGAGGGAUCAUGUGUCUGCUAUCGAUGAACUUGCCAUGGCCACAGAACGGCUGAGAGUGCGUCAUCCUGAUGAGCCCAAGCCUAACCCUCCAGUACUUCACAUCAUAGAACCACAUGAGGUAGAGCAAAAUCGAGUGAAACUUUUGAAUGACAAGGCAGUUGCCAAAUCCCAGCUUCAGAAGAAACUAGGCCAGCUCCUGUAUCUCACUAAUUUAGAGAAGUCUCAGGAUAAAACCACUGGUGGAGUUAAUCCAGAACCCUGUCCAAUUUGUGCUCGCCAACUGGGAAAGCAGUGGGCAGUUCUGACUUGUGGGCAUUGCUUCUGUAAUGAAUGUAUAGCUAUAAUUAUAGAACAGUACAGUGUUGGCACCCGCAGGAGUUCGAUUAAGUGCGCCAUCUGCAGACAGACAACCUCUCAUAAAGAAAUAUCUUACGUCUUCACUGCAGAGACUGCAAACCAAGAAGAUGAUAUUCCUGUGAAGGGGAGCCAUUCCACCAAAGUGGAAGCUGUGGUACGGACUCUGAAGAAAAUCCAAUGUAAAGAUCCAGGGGCUAAAUCUUUGGUUUUCUCAACGUGGCAAGAUGUACUGGAUAUAAUUUCAAAAGCUCUGUAUGAUAACAACAUGGUGUUUGCUCAGAUCAAUGGAAUUAGUAAAUUUCAGGAAAAUCUUUCAGCAUUUAAAUAUGACCCCAAGAUCAAUAUUUUGCUCUUGCCCCUACAUACUGGUUCCAAUGGAUUAAACAUAAUUGAAGCAACUCAUGUCCUGCUGGUCGAACCCAUUCUGAAUCCUGCACAUGAGCUUCAGGCGAUUGGCAGAGUGCACCGCAUUGGCCAAACAAAGCCCACCAUUGUGCACAGGUUCUUAAUAAAAGCAACAAUAGAAGAAAGGAUGCAGAUGAUGCUGAAAACUGUGGAGAGAAGCCACACUAGUUCUUCCAUGAAACAGUCAGAAGCCUCAGUUUUGACAGUUGCUGAUCUGGCAGACCUUUUUACAGAGGAAACUGAAGAACUUGAAUGAAAAGUCUUUGGCUUGACCCAGUGAGAUCUCUUGGGAAAUGAUGUGACAUUGAGUAUCUGUAUGAAAUCAUUAGGACUGUCAUAAAUCUCUGUAUAUGUCAUCCAACAUUCACCCUAGCUAGGGUUCCUAAAAUUAGUAAGAUCCUUUAAUCAUUACCAUUGAUUUUGAGUCCUUAGAACAUCUUUUCUGAUAGCACUGGAGAGAAAUUGCACUUUGCACAUUAUACAGAAAGAUGGAUUUUAUUUUCAAAGAAUAUGAUUGAUUCUCAGGCUGAAAUCUUUGCCUGCUGAGGUCAGUGGGAGUUUUGCCACUGACCUGGAUUGGCCAGUAUUUCAUUCCAGUUGAGUAAAUCUGUGAGGAUGGUGUGAGGGUGGGGAACAGUAAAACAGGUAACAAACUAUUUGCUGUGGUCUUUUUAACUGUACAAAGCAUUGGCCAGAAUGAAUUCCUUUGUAAAUAAAUAUCCCCCUAGAAAGGACUUCUGUUGUAGUUAGUGUUUAACAAGUCACUCAAGUAUUGAAAUAACCCUUCUUAUUUGUUAAUACUCACUUAUGAAUCAUUACUAGUGAGUUUGUUGUUCAUGGUAAUCUUCCAGGUAUUCUAUUAUGUAACAGCAUAAAAUUGCAUUAUAACUUAAAUUUAUUCCAUGUUCACUUUCUGCAGAGUUGAUUAAUUAAAUUAUGGCUCUUGUAUGUAUAUGGGUCUUAAAAUGAUAGUUAAAUACUACUGUAUACAUUUUUAAAGAUACUUAAAGCCAUGCCUACUUUAGUGAUUUGUUGUAAGAAUUUGGAGUCCUUUGUAACAGAAUUUUUAAAAAGUAACUGGUUAAGCUACCCAUAAUUUUAUACUCUUUUGGUGUCUGUCUAUUUUUUUGUUGUUCUUCAUCUACUCAUUUACCUUUUCCCAGAAGGUUUUUACAGCCAGAAGGUGGCAUAUAAAAUGAAUAGGUCUUACAGCAUCCAUAGUUAAGAUGUUUGUACCCGACGUGGAGAUUCAGUAAUUUUAUUAUGUAUUAAAAAUACAGUUUUAUCUUCUUC